AUGGAGGCAAAUAAGGAACCACACAUGAAAACGUGUCCUCGAUGUAGCCACCUGUUUGCACAUGAUAAAGAUGUGUUCGCCAAGGCUAAACUGAAUCCUAAUGAAGCCAAGGUGACCUGUACGGAGUGUUAUCUUGUGUGGUGCUUUCCCUGCCAUGCUCCAUGGCAUGAAGGAAUUAGCUGCAGGGAUUAUAGAAAGGGGGAUAAAUUGCUGAAAAUGUGGUCCAAAGAAAGAAGUUAUGGUCAAAACAAUGCACAGCGUUGUCCGAAAUGUAGGGUGUACAUUCAAAGAAGUUCUGGAUGUGAUCACAUGACCUGCUCUCGAUGUAAAACUGAGUUUUGUUACCGCUGUGGACAACAGUUCCGUAGUCUCAAGUUCAUAGGAGAUCAUUAUUCUCGUCUUAGUGUGUUUGGAUGUAAAUAUCGUUUCAAACCUGAUAACCCCGUACAACGACGAAUGAUCCGAGGUGCUGUACUUGGUGGUAAAAUCCUAGCGGCACCAGUGGUAGCGUCACUGGCUGUCGGAGCUGGUGGAUUACUUCUAGCAGUCGGCACUGUAGCGUUACCAGUAUAUGGCAGUUAUAAAUUGCAUAAGAAAAUACAACGUCAUAAGAAAGAGCAGAAGGUACGAAAAUGGCGAAAGAAGUUGGCGAUUGAUUUUGAACUGCAAUACAGAGUAGUUGUACGACCUCCAAUGCGCUUAGUUCCACGUGAACCAACAACAAUGCCAAGCCAAGAACUAGAUAUACUUUAUUAAGACAAUAUAUUAUGCUAAUGUUCAAUUUUGAAAUUUAGGUGUUAAUGUGAGAUGAUUUUCUUUGACUUGUUGCUGAUUUUCGACUAUAGCACAAAAAAAGCUGUUGAAAAGAAUACUUUCUGUUCAAUCAUGAAAUAGUGCCACUGACACAUUCACACACUCACACACAGACAGACGCACACAAACAGACUCGCACACAGACAGACUUGCACGCAGAGAGACUCGCAUGCAGACAGACUCGCACGCAGACAGACUCGCAUGCAGAGACUCGCAUGCACGCACACAGACAGACUUGCACGCAGACAGACUCGCACGCAGACAGACUCGCACGCAGACAGACUCGCACGCAGACAGACUCGCACACAGACAGAAUCACACACAGACAGACUCACACGCAGACAGACUCACACGCAGACAGACUCACACACUGAUAUGCACAUAUAUCAAUAUGCUCCAUAUUUAUUAACAUAACUCUUUCCCACCGUUGCUAACUUUUAUCCAUCCACAAAAAAAUCUUGACGGUUUAUUGUAUCUUCAUAAGAUAUAUUAAACAGAUCUCUUCAAAGUUUCUUAAUUGAAAUAUAGAAACCUCUUU